AUGAGAAUUCCUCAACGAAAAUAUAUCCAGCCAAUUGGAAGAAGGCGUGAACGAACGCCUUGCGGACUUGCAAUCGCACGCAUUCAAGCUCGGCCACUGACUGCAACUUCAAUCUGCACUACCAUUACCACUCCAACUACACCACUCCAACUACACCACUCCAACUACACCACUCCAACUACACCACUCCAACUACACCACUCCAACUACACCUCUCCAACUACACCACUCCAUCUACACCACUCCAACUACACCACUCUCACCACAACACUACAAGGUGUGGAUUACGAUUUGGUGACCAAGUUAUUCACUGGCGUCUUUACCACACCCGGCAAUGGAGUAGCGGGAUCAGCUGUUUGCCAGUUCCACCUUGAUGAUAUUAAUGAGGUACUUCAAGCCCACAGCUUCCAAUUGGCCAGUGGAAUAAUUAGGUCGCGACAGCAUGACCCAAUUAUUGAAGUGGCCAAUGAGAGAUUCCACCACAUAGUCGUAGAAUCUCUUGCAACUUCUUUCAGAAACAACACCACCAUCCUGACACUAAUAAUAUGCUGGUACUGGCAACUGCUGACAGACUUUACCAAAUACCGAAACAAAGAUGCCACAGAUUCCAAACCGAGAGAAAAACUCUGGUACGGCUGGAGCGAGUGGACAGAGUGUUCGGCAACUUGCGGCGAAGGUGUACAGAUGCGAAUGUGCAUCUGCCUGCACGAUAUCAACGCCCUGAAGACCACGGCAGACCUCAGCGGGGCUAUGAAGUGCCCCAACAUGAAUAACUUCGUCACUAGGAAGUGUCUAGUACAGAACUGCACCUCAGAACCACCAUCGUCAUCGUCAUCAUCAUCAUCAUCAUCAUCGUCGUCGUCGUCAUCGUGGACAUCAUGGUCACGUGAGAUAAGUGACCACCAAUCAAAAUCGAGCAGUGAACCAGUGAAAAAGAGAUACAGAUGUGUAUGUGAGACGAAGGGAGAGGCUGAAAACAGCGACGAUGAUGAAAAUGAGCGAGCUGGCUGUACUGACAACAUCAACAACAACAACAUCAACAACAACAACAUCAACAACAAUUUUACAAACAACAACAACAUCAAUAACUACUACAACAUCGAUCACAUACUCAAAAUUGAGAAAGAGUUGAAACUCUGCAACCACAGGUACUUGAAGAAAGUAACCGAGGGCAAGUUACUCGCUGAUACUGUCGAUCAGCUGAGAAAAAAAUUUAAGUACAAAAGUACCCACUGGCGACUAACAACAACAUCGACAACGACAACAACAACAACAACGGACGACGACGAAGAUAAAUAUAACAACGACAACAAUGAUAACGAUGAUGAUCACUCUAAUAAUAAUAAUAACAAUAAUAAUAAUAAUAACAAUAAUAAUAAUAAAUACAUUAGCAGUAGUAAGAAUAACAAAUUUCCAAUCAACGAGAACAAAAAAUGA